AUGGCCUUGAUCACGGACCUUUCGUCUCAUCUCGCCCUGGUCACCGGCGCGACGGGUGGAAUCGGAAAGGCAACAUGCCUCGCGCUCGCACGCCUCAAUUGCUCCAUCGCAGUACACUACAACACCGCCGCCGAGACGGCGGAGUCGCUCGUUUCCCAGCUCAAGGAUAUGGGCGUGCGCGCUUCUUCCUUCAAGGCCGACCUCUCAUCUUACGAAGAAACCCGCAAAUUGCACGCCGUAGUUGUGGAACAACUAGGCCACCCGACCAUUUUGUUCAACAAUGCCGGACUCACGAUGGGAAAGUCCGGCGUCAAGGAUAUCAGCGAGAUCAGCGUGGAGGACUUCGAGCAGACGUGGAGGGCGAAUUGCGGGACGGGAUUCCUGCUGACGCAGCUUUGUCUGCCGAAGAUGCUCGAGCACGGGUGGGGAAGAGUGAUCUUCUGUUCCAGUGUUGCGGCUUUCACGGGCGGUGUUGUUGGGCCGCAUUAUGCGUCGUCAAAAUCGGCACUGCAUGGCUUGGUACAUUGGCUGGCUGGUGCAUAUGCUAAGAAGGGCAUUACUGUCAAUGGUGUCGCGCCCGCGUUGAUCGAGGAGACCAAGAUGUUGCCUGGAGCAUCGGCGGAGUUGGCUGCGAAGGUCCCAAUCGGCAGGCUUGGGAAGCCGGACGAAAUCGCCGAGACAGUGGUCUGGAUUGUCAAGACUGGUUACGUCCACAACAAAGUGAUUGCAGUAGAUGGCGGAAUGUUCAUCCAGUAA